CUUCUCUAUAAAUUCGAGCUGCUAUGUUUUUCUCCAUUUCCCUCUCUAAUGGCGAAACAAAAUGGCAGCCAUUACCUAUCGACGUAUCAUCAUCAAUAAUUUCUCAUUUUCCUUUAUCUUUCAUCAACGUUUUUCUCCCUUUACUUCCGACUCCUCCACGGCUGCCGACAACAUUCCUCAGCCAAUCGACUCGACCCAUCUCCGCCGUGUUUGUACCGUUUUGUAUCAGCAACAGAACUCCCCCGAUCUCAAGCUUCACACCAAACUUCUCGCCUGUAAUUUCAACCUCUCACACGAAUUCUUCCUCCAGGUAUGCAACACUUUCCCUCUCUCAUGGCGUCCCGUUUAUCGAUUCUUCCAAUUCACCGAAACUCACCCCAAUUUCACUCACACGGCUGUCUCUUUCAACAAGUUGAUUGAUGUUGUUGGGAAGUCACGAAAUAUCGAUCUCUUGUGGGGUUUGAUUCAAGAAAUGGGGCGGCGGCGGUUGGUUAAUGAUAAAACCUUUGUUGUUGCUCUGAGAACUCUGGCGACGGCCAGAGAGUUGAAGAAAUGUGUAGAGUUUUUCCAUUUGAUGAAUGGGUAUGGGUUUUGUUAUAGUUUAGUAACUUUGAAUAGAGUAGUUGAGAAAUUGUGUGGCUGUAAACUAGUGGAUGAGGCUAAGUUUUUGGUUAUGAAAUUGAAUGAAUGGAUCAAAGCUGAUGGGGUUACUUAUAAGUUGUUGAUUAAGGGGUUUUGCAAUGUGGGGGAUUUGAUUGAGGCUUCAAAGAUGUGGAACUUAAUGGUGGAUGAAGGGUUUGAGCCUGAAAUGGAAGCUGUGGAGGAGAUGAUGAAUGUUCUUUUCAAGACCAAUAAAUUGGACGAAGCUUUGAAACUUUUCCAGGCACUUAGAUCAGAUAGGAUGAAUGAUUUGAUUCCUUCAACUUAUAGUCUUGUGAUAAGAUGGUUGUGUAAUAAAGGUAAGGUGGGACAAGCAUUCAUUGUGUUUGACGAAAUGCAUAAGAGAGGACUUGAAGUUGAUAAUUCGGUACAUUCUUCACUUAUUUAUGGACUUUUAGCAAGAGGGAGGAGGAGAGAAGCUUAUAAUAUAAUGAGACGAAUUGAGAAUCCUGAUUUGGAUGUGUAUCAUGCAUUUAUCAAGGGACUUUUGAAGUUGAAAAGGGCAAAUGAAGCAACUCAAGUUUUCAGGGAAAUGAUAGAAAGAGGGUGUGAGCCUAUAAUGCAUACAUAUAUAAUGUUGUUGCAAGGACAUCUAGGGAAAAGGGGGAGGAAAGGAUCGGAUCCACUUGUGAAUUUUGAUAGUAUUUUUGUUGGAGGGUUGGUGAAGAAUGGGAAGUCAUUGGAGGCUACAAAGUAUGUGGAGAGACUUAUGAAAAGAGGGCUUGAAGUGCCAAGGUUUGAUUACAACAAAUUUUUACAUUACUAUUCGAAUGAGGAGGGGGUGGUAAUGUUUAGAGAGGUGGGGAAUAAGUUGAGAGAAGUUGGAUUGGUUGAUUUGGCUGAUAUUUUUCAGAGAUAUGGGGAGAAAAUGACCACUAGAGAUAGGAGGAGAAAUCGAGCAGUAACAGAUUUGAAAUGAAAUGCCUUAUUGGAUUAUGAACCACCUCAUGACGUUAUCGAGCAAACUUAUUGACUGUGUUGAGUUGAAAGGAUUAGGUGUUUCAGGUGAUUUCCGUCUCCUUCUUCUUUGAUGUGUUGAAGAUAAAUCAAAAGCCUUACUGGAUUAUGAUUCGAUUCACGAUGCCGUUGAGGGCAAACUUAACAACUAUGUUGAGUUGAAAGGAUUAGGCAUUCAGGUGAUUUCCAUCUAUUUCUGUGAUAUGUUGUAGAUAAAUGAAAUGCGUUACUGGAUAACGAAUUGCUUCAUGACGUUGAUGAGCAAACUUAUCUACUGUGUUAAGUUGAAAGGAUUAAGUGUUUGAGGCGUGAUUUCCAUCUACUUCUUCGGUAAUGUGUUGGAGAUGCUUGAACUUGAGAAGUUUUGCUGAUUUGAAAAGGCAACAUUAGUUGAUAAAGUGCAAAUUUAUUUGUGGGUCCAAAAUAGAGGUAGAGGCAGUGCCAAGUCCCAAAAAGUCCUUGGACGAUAAAGGGAGAGGUCAUACCUAUGUGGGGAAUGGAGGAAGACAUUCAAACUUGUUGUAAGCCCCUCACAUCAUGUUUGAUUGAACCAACAAACAAAAAGGUGGAUUGCAGUCCAGAACAUAACUUGUAAGUUGGGUUCAACUUAUUUGGAAGAUGUUCAUGGUUAGUAUUUCGUCUCUACUAAUGAAAAUUAGUUAUGUAAUGUAAUUAAACAACAAACCAACUUGGUAAUAAAUAGUUAUCUUUUAAUUAUCAGUACAUUCUUCUAUGUUGAAUGCAGCAUAUUUUCUUUCA